GGCUCCAUCUCCAGCCCCAUCUCCGGCUCCAUCGCCGGCUCCUCGGCGGCCAGGAAUGUGGUGCGCAGCUCCAGCAUCAGCGGGGAGAUGUACAGCCUGGAGAAGAGCGCGCGGGGCAGCGCCGACUCCGUCUCCGUCACCGCCAGCAAGAAGAGACGCUCCAGCCUGGGCGCCAAGAUGGUGGCGAUCGUGGGGCUGUCCCAGUGGAGCAAGAGCACCCUGCAGCUCAACCAGACUGAGGGGGGCCCCAAAAAGCUGCGCAGCACCAUCCGGAGGAGCACCGAGACCGGCAUCGCCGUGGAGAUGAGGACCAGGGUGACCCGGCAGGGCAGCCGGGAAUCCACCGACGGCAGCACCAACAGCAACAGCUCGGACGGCACGUUCAUCUUCCCCACGACCCGGUUCGGCGCCGAGAGCCAGUUCAGCGACUUCCUGGACGGGCUGGGGCCGGGGCAGCUGGUGGGGCGGCAGACGCUGGCAACCCCCCCGAUGGGAGAUGUCCACGUGGGCAUGACUGACCGGAACGGGCAGCUGGAGGUGGAUGUGAUCCAGGCACGGGGACUUAUCCCAAAGAUGGGCUCCAAGUGCAUCCCUGCCACCUACGUGAAGGUUUACCUGCUGGAGAACGGCGUCUGCCUGGCCAAGAAGAAGACCAAGGUGGUGAAGAAAAGCUGUGACCCGUCGUACCAGCAGCCUCUGCUCUUCGAGGAGAGUCCCCAGGGCAAAGUCCUGCAGGUGAUCGUCUGGGGCGACUAUGGGCGCAUGGACCACAAGUGCUUCAUGGGGAUGGCCCAGAUCAUCCUGGAGGAGCUGGAUCUCUCCAGCACCGUCGCGGGCUGGUACAAACUCUUCCCCACGUCCUCGCUGGCCGACUCCAGCAUCGGACCUCUGACCCGCCGCCUCUCCCAGUCCUCCCUGGAGAGCUCCACCAGCCCCUCCUGCCCGUAGGGGGGCAGGUCAGUGGGAGAGGGGAGGGGGAAGGAGACGCCCUGACCUACCCAAACUGGGCGUGGAGAGCUGUAAAU